AAGCUUUAUAGUGGAAAAAGGAAAGCUUCAGAUAAACCCUGAUUUGAGGCUGCUGGCAUGGAGAAGCUGUAGAUGGACUAAUUAGAAGCAGGGCAUCCUAUGUAAUUAUUCAGGGAUGGAUGCAUAUUUGGCUUUCUCUAGUUGGUCUUAACAUGGAAGUGGAGACAAAAAUUAGGGAAACUCAGUUAUUAAUCAAGUCCUGGCCAUUUGGGAUAGAUUGCUACAAGGUUAUUGUUUGGCUUCCUGGAAUGGUUACCACAUACAGAAGUCUGACUUCUUGGACUGGUUACUGUACAUAGUAGGUUGGCUUCCUGGGCUGGUUGCUGCAGGUUGUAGUUCAGCAUUCUAUUUUUAUAUAUAAUCUGGCCACCAUCCAUUUAUAUAUUUAGUCUCUCAGGAGGGAGGAGGGAAGAAAUAAAAAAGGAACAGGGAAGCCAGGUGAUUACAGCAAAUAAACUUCUCUGCCAGUACUUCAAUAGUCCUAUAUAGGUUUCCUUAGUCAAGCUUGUCUUCCCUUCUCAGUCCUACUUAUCCACAGUUAAAUACUCUUCUCUCUGUUUAUUUCUCAACUAUUGAACAUAGCAAACAUAACAAUUUGUCAUCAUGUUUUUCCUCCUAAUAAAUUGCAAACUUCUUCAGAGUAGGAAUCAUGUGUCAUUUAUUUCAUACAGUCUGUUCCUGGCAUUGCAUCUGGAUAUAGUCUGUUUUCAACACGCUUUGUUGAACUCCAGGGUAGAUUACAGGGCUGCAUGUGUGUUAUAAUUUACAGUACUUUAUCUCGAGUUAUUCGUUUAAUGUCAUUACAUUUUCGUCAAAAACCCACAGGUGUUAUAGAAUCCAAAACUAUAAAUAAAUGACAUACUAGAAAGCGCCAAAGAAAAUUAGCAAAGCAUAUAGGAAGUUAAUAUAGCUGAAGAAAGCGAGAGCCUCUCUAUAAGCUUCAUGAGGCUGAGAUUUUUAUCACUUUCUUUCACUGUUGUACCCCCAGUACAGUAUCUAAAACGGGGCCUGGCACGGAUUACAUCCUCAGGAGUGAGUGAAUGAGAGGUCGACCCUCGUCACACGGAAAAAUAGGGAUAGCACGAUACAGCCUCACCACAAGAAGCACGCCACAGAAAGAAACCCAGGAGUCGAGCGCGGGCUCCUCCCUCAGUGGGAGGGGCUAGGGAGCGCACUCCUUUACGACCCUCGGCCAGUCUGCGCGGCCCGCCUCCCCCUCCUCCUCCUUCGCCGCCGCCGCGUGCAAGGGCUUCUGGGAGCCGAGCCUCAGGGUCUUAGAGAAGGGGCGCAGGUGGCCGCCAUCUUGGGUUGCGAGCCGGGUCGCUGCGCUCCACGCUUCACGCUCCACGUUAGGGGCGGAGUGGCUGCUCCUCUCUUACCCGCGGCAGACUUCGUCGCUGGGGACUUGGAAGUCUGGGCACUGGAGAGUAUCACAUUAAUGGUUGUUCAAACGCAGAAAUGUCUCUUUGCCCAGAAAUGAUGAAUCUAUGCUAGAAAGUCCUAUACAGGAUCCAGAUAUCAGUUCCACUGUACCCAUUCUAGAGGAAGAAGUUAUUACCACUGACAUGGUUCAGAUGAUUUUUUCUAAUAAUGCUGAUCAACAGCUAACAGCAACACAAAAAUUUAGAAAGCUGCUUUCUAAAGAACCUAAUCCACCAAUAGAUCAAGUUAUACAGAAACCAGGAGUCGUACAGAGAUUUGUGAAAUUUCUUGAAAGAAAUGAAAAUUGUACUCUACAAUUUGAAGCUGCGUGGGCAUUAACUAAUAUAGCAUCUGGAACUUUUCUACAUACCAAGGUAGUAAUUGAAACUGGGGCUGUUCCAAUUUUUAUCAAACUUCUUAAUUCCGAACAUGAAGAUGUUCAGGAACAGGCGGUUUGGGCACUUGGUAAUAUUGCUGGUGACAACGCAGAAUGCAGAGAUUUUGUAUUGAAUUGUGAAAUACUUCCACCUCUGUUAGACUUAUUAACAAAUUCAAACAGACUUACAACAACAAGAAAUGCUGUAUGGGCCCUCUCAAAUUUAUGUAGAGGCAAAAACCCUCCUCCAAACUUUAGUAAGGUUUCACCUUGCUUAAAUGUCCUAUCACGAUUGUUGUUUAGCAGUGACCCAGAUGUGUUAGCAGAUGUGUGUUGGGCCCUUUCUUAUCUCUCCGAUGGACCCAAUGAUAAAAUUCAAGCAGUCAUUGAUUCUGGAGUGUGUCGAAGAUUGGUGGAACUUUUGAUGCACAAUGAUUAUAAAGUUGUAUCACCUGCAUUAAGGGCAGUUGGUAAUAUUGUGACUGGUGAUGAUAUUCAAACACAGGUAAUUUUGAAUUGCUCUGCAUUACCCUGUCUCUUACAUUUAUUGAGUAGUCCAAAGGAGUCAAUUAGAAAAGAAGCUUGCUGGACUGUUUCUAACAUCACUGCUGGAAAUAGAGCUCAGAUUCAGGCUGUUAUAGAUGCAAAUAUUUUUCCUGUUUUGAUUGAGAUUCUUCAGAAGGCAGAGUUUCGCACCAGAAAAGAAGCAGCAUGGGCUAUAACUAAUGCAACAUCAGGAGGUACUCCAGAGCAGAUAAGGUAUCUGGUAGCCUUAGGCUGCAUUAAACCACUUUGUGACCUUCUGACCGUUAUGGACUCCAAAAUAGUCCAAGUGGCUUUAAAUGGACUGGAAAAUAUUUUACGUCUGGGAGAACAAGAAUCUAAGCAGAAUGGAAUAGGCAUUAAUCCAUACUGUGCUCUCAUUGAAGAAGCAUAUGGUCUGGAUAAAAUUGAGUUUCUGCAAAGCCAUGAAAAUCAGGAAAUUUACCAAAAGGCUUUUGAUCUGAUUGAACAUUACUUUGGUGUAGAAGAAGAUGACCCCAGUAUUGUACCUCAGGUGGAUGAAAACCAACAACAGUUUGUAUUUCAGCAGCAGGAAGCACCAAUGGAUGGAUUUCAGCUUUAAUUCGGUGAAGGAAAAAAAUUAAUGAUUGAAAAGAGUAGCUUUGGAUAUCUCUUCUUUGUUGGAAUGUCAGUAGGAAUAUUUGUUUUUUACAUAGAAAAGGAAGAAUUUGAUGCACUAUUAAAAAGCAAAAUGAAACAAAAGUAAAAGCAAAAUGAAACAGAAGUUUCCAUUCAGAUGCAACCUUUCUUUGUAGUUUUUUGUUAUUUUUUGUGCCUGUAUUUAUGUCUUUUGUUGUUUGGAUUUUUGUAUCUCUUUGUGAACAAUUAAAUACAUUAUGCAAUUAUUUAAUAACUUAAGCUUGAAAAGAGAACUUUGGUAAAGUAUUACAUAACAAUUCUGAAUUUUUUUAAGCAUUCUUGGAAGCUGCACAUUAGCAGUAUAGCUGUUGAUAAUUGCAUUUUGGCAGUAAGUCUUACACACUCAAUCUUUACUAAAUCUACCUCUAUCUUGAAGCAAAAAAAACAAAAAAAAAGCGCUUCAGAAGCAUGAAAUAGUGUAAAAGCUAAAUUAGAAUGUGAAAGUAUUUACCUUAAAUUAUAAAUCACUGUGCUGUAGGUUAUACUUUGUAAAAAAAAAUUACAACAGAAAACCUAUAAAAUUUAUUUAUAAAACAAAAAGUAUUGUGCUGAUAAUCAGUUAAAAUGUGGCAAUUGUGAAGAGAGAAGCUGUUCUUCAUGUUGAACACAUUAAAAAGAUUACUUUUAAAUAAAGCAUUUCAAUAUUUGUUUUUAACAUAUAAAUGCUAUUAUAUUAAUAUAUUUUGUAUUUCAACCAGAUGAUACCAUUUUUGAAAUAGUGUUUUAUUAUUUUUUCACUCUUCAUUUUAAAGAGCAUCGUGAUAGAUGCCAUCAUGAAUCUAAAGUAGUGCUGCAUAUCUAAAAUAAUACUGUAAUUAUUUUUCUGAUUUUUCAGAAGAGUAAUUGAAAAGUUUCAUUCUCUGUAUAAUAGUAAAACUUGGAUACUUGAAUGGCAAAAUUAUCUUGAAGAAAUAAUCUUGUUAUGUAUUAAAUUUUAUUAGGUGCAUUUAACAUUUGGGCACUGAUGAAAAUCAAAAUUGCUUAGGAUUCUUUAAUAUGGUUGAAAUCUAUAUUAGAAUUUUUUCUUUUAUAGAAGGUCAUACUGCUGCUUGUUAUGAAUCGUGUUUUAGAUUACAUUUGUGUCAGAUUGGUAAAUAUAAUGUGUGUGUUUUAUGAACUAACAGCAAAAUCCUCUUCAAACUAUGAAAGUUUAAAAGAAAGAUUUCAAUAGUAAUAUUAUAUAUUUAUUUAUAGAUACAUAUAUAUUUGUGUGUCUGUGUGUUACUCAUGGUACUAUGCUUGGUAGAAUUUCUAAGCAGAGAUGGUACUGUUGAACUCAGUCUUUUAAUUUAUAGUUAUAUACAGGCUAUUUACAUUUCCAAUUAUAUACCUAGAAUACUUAUUUAAAACUUAGUUUGCAGCUCUUUUAAGGUGAACUAAAGCAAUUUUGAUAUGAUUCAUAAUCUAUUCUGUAAAGAAAGAUUUCAUUUAUGAUGGCAUUAAUAAUGUUUCUGCUGGAAAUCAGAGGCAUGUUCUAAGAGGAAAAUGUAUACAGGAGUACUUUUAAAUAGUAUGACACUUUGUAAAUUAUAUAUCAUGAAACUAAGUUUUUGGCAAGACACUUAAAACCUAUAGCUAUAAAAUACAGGUUUAAGUGGUGUCUGUAAUGCUGAAUGCAUCUGCCAACCCUUUUUUUAUAUUGUUAAGUAGAGGAUUGUAUCUGUGCCCUUUUUAAGUAGUGGGAGUUAAAUAGUUGAGUAUAAAAAGUUUUUCAUUAUAUAUUCAAAAAACAGGGUAGUUAAAGAUUACCAAAUUAAUGGCGAAUUUAUCAGAUAAACACUUUUUUGUGGUGUAGACAGUUCUGAUUAUCAGGUGACAGGGUAUUCUCUUUCUAGUCAAUUGAAAUUGAUAAUGCAGCAUAAUUCAUAAAUUAACCAGCUGUGCCUGCUUUUAUUUUGAGGACCCCAUAGUCACUAUAAUAAAUCUCUAAAUCAAAUUUUUCAAACAAAGUAGCUCUUAUAGAAGAAAAAACUAAUACAUGUGUGUGUGUACACACAUAGAAUGACCUAUGAAGGGAUAUUUUUAAAUUUUUGCCAGUAAAACAAACAUAUGUCUAAGUAUAGAAUAUGACCAUACUUUAUAAACAUUUAAAUACAAAGUUAUAUUUAAUUUCUUGAAUCUGUUUCUUGAGUAAUUAGUGUGAUUAUAUUUGAGUGCAAAGAGUACUAUCUAGAAGUUGGGACCAGCUCUAAGCCUGGUAAUAUAUUUAAUUGGAUAAAGGCUAACAAAUAUUUCAUUACUAUAAUUGUUUUUAAAAAUAUGAUUACUCUUUUCAAAUGUACCAUUUAAAAUGCUCCAAAAUAUGUUUUCAUUAUUCUUCCCUGGAUCUUAUGAAAAAAAUAAAUCUUUUUUUAACUCACUUUUCUAAGAUUUGUUAUAUUUAAAUCUAAGAUAAACUGUGCCAAAAUAAUAAUAAAAUGCAGUAUAAAGGGCAAUGUGGAUUAAUUAAUUCAAUGCAAAUACCAAAAAAACACUUAAAAGAGUCCUUUUCAUUUAAUUAAAUUUGGUGUUUUAUUUUAUUUGAAUUUGAAUUUCUACUAGUUAAUCUAUGCAAUGUUUCUCACUUAUUUUAUAAGUACUUUAUUCAGUAGCUUGGUCUUUUUACUAUAAAUUUUAUUUUAAAGGUGGUUUUAAUUUUUACUGUCCUUAAAUUUUAUUGUCAUUUGUUCACUUACCGGUAGCACCAGAACAAGAAAGCAACAAAACAAAAAGGUAAUAAAUUCUUCUGGCACAGAAAUAACAUCAUUUGGUAACUGUAAAACCUAUUUGCAAUUAAAGGUAGAUUUAUUGGAUAAAGGACUAAAAAUAAGUGUUUAUUGCCUUUGUCUUUAUAUUUUUCUUCUUCAAAGAAGCAGCAUUUUGGAAAAAGUAAAUACAAUAAAGUCUUAGUGAAUUUUUGUUCUAAAUUCAGCAAUCUACUGGCUACUUAAUUGUGAAACUGUGAAAUCAGAUUGUUCUUAACCUUUAUUCAUUUUCAUUUAUAGCAUUACUGUUUUAUGAAAUGUGACAUUUUAGGAGCCAAUGUAAUAGGGCUCUAAAAAGGAGAGUGUGUCUUUAAAUUCUGACUUGAAGAAUAAGACAUGGGGAAGAUAUUCUGACCUAAGUAAACCAACAUUUGAGCAGUAUGCAAUAUUAUGAAAUGUUACAGCACUAUCUUAAAAAUAAUAAAAUACUAUUUUACAAUUGCAUUUA